GCGGAGUUUUUAGUCACAACGGUAGAAACAACCAAGUUAAAGUUGGUUUGAUGUGAUGUGAUGGGGUUUUGUUAACCGUUAAAAUGCUAACCAAAGCAACAACCAACCGACCAGAGAGCCAAGCCCAGUCAAAUGUCGGCGAGGCCACUAUCAACCACAUUCCGAUCUUUGAAGCCUCAUCAUAACCCUAACCCUAACCCUAACCCUAAUCAUGAUCUUAGCUGUAAGCUAUCAAAAUCUUCUUCGUCGUCAUCAUCAUCAUCAUCGAAGAGUUCUCAAUCCAAGGAGCACUCAUGGUCCGUAUAUCUCAUUCUUUCCACCAACAUCCCCAUCAAAACUUAUGUUGGCGUCACCACCAAUUUUUCUCGCCGCCUCAGACAACAUAAUGGUGAGCUGAAAGGUGGUGCAAAAGCUUCCUGUGCAGGAAGGCCAUGGGUUUGUGCAUGCAUCAUUCAAGGAUUUAAGGAUCAAAGUGAAGCAUGUGAGUUUGAAUCAAAAUGGAAAAGUUUUUCGCGGAAACUGCCCCGGAAAAGGAAAAAUGACGAUACGGGUAAACAUCUUCUUCUGUUGCAACACAGGCAAGUAGCUCUAAAUAGAGUCAAAGAUUCAAUCAAUUGUAGUCACCUAGAAAUUGACUGGCAAUUGAGUCCUUCCUGAUUCAUAAAUUCCAUUUUCUUUAUCUUUUUCUUUUUUUGCUUAUUGUAUUUGUAUUAUUCCUCGAUGUGUUAAGCACUAGAGGCAAUGGAAGUGAUGUAUAACUAGCCUUGAACCCAUGCAAUGCAUGAAUAAAUAUUGGAAAAAAAACUGUUAAUAGAAUUAAUAAUUAUUAUUGUAUAUCUUUGAACUA